CUGUUGUCGUGAGUGGUUUUGAUCAGACGCUAGAUCCUGCUGAAAGCCAGAGAAAUCGUCUCGAGGGCAAUUAAAAAUCGAAAAGCCAGAAAAAUGGGAACUGUCGAGUAUGGACUGCCAACGAACAGUGGAUUAAUGCCACAAAUUCAGGCACUGAUAGCCCCACCGGUGUCUGAAGAGUCGAAAACUGGCAAGAGUAAAAAAGAUAAGGAGGAAAAACGUCAUCCGUACUUCAAGAGACCUGGCAGAGGACAUAAUAGGGAUUCUUGUGAUGCCUGCAGGGAUGGUGGUGAACUCAUUUGCUGCGACAAGUGUCCAGCAUCUUUUCAUUUACAGUGCCAUGACCCCCCCCUGGAGCCCUCGGACAUUCCCAACGGCGAGUGGAUGUGCCACUCCUGUCGUUGCGCCGCAAAGAAGGAGAAGGACAAGUUAAACCACAAAAAGACAAAAAACAAGAGCGCCCUGGAGGUCCUGGCCCUGGCGGCGUCGCUGGCGAAUCCCCGCGAGUUCGAGCUCCCCAAAGAGCUCCGUCUCCCCAUAACAUUCCCCGGCACCGACAAGAUCGACCCGACGAACGGCAAGAAGAAGCCGCAGACGUCGUCCUGCAGCAACGGCAAGUCCCACUGCCUGGACUCCGGCACAAUGGUCCCCCUCCCAGCGCGCCUGUGCUUCGAGUGCGGCAAGAGCUGCAAGAAGGCCCCCCUCAUAGCCUGCGACUACUGUCCCCUCUACUUCCACCAGGACUGCCUGGACCCCCCUCUGACGGCCUUCCCCAGUGGCAGAUGGAUGUGUCCAAACCACCCCAACCACUUCAUCGACCAAAACCUCCUGCAAUCCUGCAACGCAACGACUCGCCUGAAGCUCUGGGAUCAAUUCGCCACUCGAAGGAUCGACCAGCACGCCGUAAAACUGGAAUUCAUAAAGAAAGCCUACAGCACAAACCCCCCAUUUCGAGUGAAGCUCACAGUCAGUGACAAGAAAAAAGUCAAAGUCCCAGACAUCGUCAAGUCCCACUACGCCAACCCCCCAGAGCUCAACUCCAUCAACACUUACAGGCAAAACUUCUUCAUAAAUCCAGUGCAAGGACCCCCCCCAGAGCCCAGAAUGGAGAAUGGCCAUGAAGACGUUGAUGGAGGCCCCAGCGAGGAUUCACCAGAGUCCACGAAGCAGCAGGAGGAACCGGAGGCUGCAUCGAACCACCUCAUAACGAGGUGUGGCUCUCAGAUGGAGAUCGACAGGCCCCUGUCCCCGGACGAGAAAAGCCCGAGGAAGAAUGCGCAGAGGAAUUCCCGAGGCGCUGGGAGGAGUUCCCAGGAGUCUCGAAGGAGUUCUGAGGGCAGGGGGCAGUCGCCCAGGCAGGAUCGCAGGGUGGGGUAUGGGCUCAAGGAGGGGGUGCAGCUGCUGGAUCGUCCAGUGCUCGAGGCUCUCGCUGAGCAGCGUCUGGAGCAGAUACUGAACCCUCUGGGGAGUGAUUAUAAGGUGAUCAACAGUCAGUACCAGGCGAGGGCUGCGCUGUUCCCACUCAGCAGGAAGCCAGGGCCCCCAGCCUUCAUGGUUCGAAGGACAAUGACCAUUGGCACUGGUGCCAACUGCGAUGUCCUGCUGUCCAGGUACGGCGACUGUGAAUGCAUCUCCUCGAAGCAUGCUGUCAUAUUCUUCGAUGAGACCACUAAACGGUACGAGUUGUUGAAUUACAGUGAAUAUGGAACUACUGUUGAUAAUGUUUUUUAUUCGUGUGAUUGCACGUCGUUGACGAUCCAGGAGAGUGAGGAUCUCAUUCCUGAGCAUUGGAAGGACUUCAGGAGGGGGGAGAAUGGGGUGAGCGAGUGCGGGGUCAGGGUGGGGAAUGGACACAGGUCGUGCAAGUGCUGUGUCAUGGAUCAGAGUGAUGGGAAGAGUGUUUACACGCAGGCUGGGUGGGAGGGCAGUGCUAUUGUUGCUCAUGGCUCUAUUCUCACGUUUGGGUGUCUUGUUUUUGUGUUCAGCACUGUGGCUGUUCAGUCGAAACAUUGAGUGGGGGAGGGGCGGGCGGUGGGAGAAGAAAUUUUGGAGGAAAAUGUAGCGAAUUUGGGUGAAUUCUAGUGGAUUUCUAUUUUUUUUUUAUUGGAACGUUUUAUUGAAACGGGUUUUUGGGGGAUUCUAAUUGGAAAAUGGCUGAUGGAAAUUGUUUUGUAGGCAGAAUCCAGUGGCGAAGGGUAAAAAGGUUGAGAGAACCCGCGGUUAGGUGUCGAAAUGAAUAAAAAUAAUCUUCCGAUUAAUUCUGAUAGAAAUUUCAUCGAAGGUGUUUCACCAAAAAACGUGGUGCAUCAAUGUAUCAUCAUUAUUUGCCAAUAAUACCACUAACUAUGAAAUGUUUAGUCAGUAUGCAUGACUGAAUGGGUGAGUCAAUGCACUCGACGGUGAAUUUCUACAAUUGUUGGACUAUGGAACAAAUUUAAUAAGCUAUUCGCCGGUUUUCAAUGAAUAUCUCGGAAUCUAAGGGAGAUAGCAAGAUUUUUGUUAUAACCUUUUUCGUAGCCCUCAAUUUGCUCUACAAAAAAUGUUAUUAUGAAAAUUUUGUUAUCUCCCUUAGUUUCGGAGAUAUUAGUCGAAAACUCAAUUACGACUUGAAACAUUUUACUGCUUCGCUACUAAAUCAAUAGAAUUCGAUUUUUCUGUAAGACUUUUGGUAUUGAGAUGU